UUGCACCUUAAGGUCUAUUUUCAAUGAGAUGAAAAUUACUAGACAUUCAUAGGUGCAGGAAUAUUUCUAUUGGCGUUUAAAAAUGGUCGGUUUUGAUUGGAAUAUAUAGUUACAUUCUUCAGAAAAUGGCUGUGAUUGGUCAAUGACAUCUAGUAAACUAUCCCGAAACGAUUGAACCCGACCACUCAAAAACACUAUAUGAUAAUACAUGAAAAUCCUAACUUAACCCUGUGUGUUUUUCUUCUGUUGCACCUGUACUUUCUGCACUUGUAAUUUUUUUUUCUUUCUCGCUCUUUCUUAAAGUGUCAAGUGUGAAAAAUUGAAAUGAAGUGUGUGUGAAAAAUUAAAUAUAUAUACAUAUGUAUAUAAUUAUUUUCUCAUUGAAUAAAUGAGUAAACAAAAUGAGUAUACAGAAAGACUCGGACAACGUUCCAGAACAAGUAAAUCCUGUGAAAAAACAUCCAUUGCAUCGUAACCAAGAAUUAUACAAUCCUUGUUACAAGGAGCAUCUUUUAUCCUUAAAAUGUCUUGAUUCAAAUCAGAAAGAACGUCAAGCAUGUGAAGUAUAUUUUAAGAAUUAUAAAAACUGCAAACAAUUUUGGGCUAAAGUACAAUCUGAACGCAAAUCAAAAGGUAUUAAGCCAUAUAUGCCACCUUUAGAAGAACGCAAAAAGAUAAAAGCAGAGUUUCUAAACUCUAGAUAGCGAUAAAUGUAUACUAUUUUAUUUUGUAAAAAUAUCUUUUAUUUCAUAUUAAGUUUUUCCAAUGUUUUGCAAUAUUACAUUGUAAUAUAGCAUGUAUAUAGUCUCUAAUAAAAU